AUGCUGGCCCUUCAGCAAGCUUCUGCUUUCCUGGUUCUGUUCCUUGCAGCUUUUCUGCCCCCACCACAGUGUGCUCAGGACCCAGCCAUGGUGCACUACAUCUACCAGCGCUUUCGAGUCUUGGAGCAAGGACUGGAAAAAUGUACCCAAGAGACAAGGGCAUACAUUCAAGACUUCCGUGAGUUCUCAAAAAACAUAUCUGCUAUGCUGGGAAGAUGUCAGACCCACACAAGUGAAUAUAAGAGUGCAGUGGACAACUUGGCAAUGAGAGUCGAACGUGCCCAACGGGAGAUUGACUAUCUAGAGUACCUGCGAGCAGCUGACGUGUGCAUAGAAUCAGAGGACAAAAUGCUGGCAGAAAAGCUAGUCCAAGAUGCCGAAGAAGAAAAAAAGAUCCAGACUCUGCUGAAUGCAAGCUGUGACAACAUGCUAAUGGGCAUAAAGUCUCUGAAAAUAGUGAAGAAGACUAUGGACACAGAUGGCUCUUGGAUGAAAGAUGCCGUCAGCAACUCUGCAAAGGUUUAUUUCUUAAUUGGAUCCAGAAACAACACUGUUUGGGAAUUUGCAAACAUGCGAGCACUCAUGGAGGAUAGUACCAAGCCAGGCCCCCGGAAGCUAACCUUAACACAUUCCUGGCAGGGAACAGGCCAAGUGAUCUACAAAGGUUUCCUAUUUUUUCAUAACCAAGGGACUCUCAAUGAGAUAAUCAAAUACAGUCUGCAAAAGAGGACUGUGGAAGAUCAAAUGCUGCUCCCUGGAGGGGCAGGCCGAGCACUGGUUUACCAGCACUCCCCAUCAACUUAUAUUGACCUGGCUGUGGAUGAGCAUGGGCUCUGGGCCAUUCACGCAGGGCCAGGCAUCUAUGGUCAUUUGGUUCUCACAAAAAUUGAGCCUGACACACUGGGAGUGGAACACUCAUGGGACACUCCAUGCAAAAGCCAGGACGCUGAAGCUGCAUUCCUCUUGUGUGGGGUUCUGUAUGUGGUCUAUAGUUCUGGUGGCCACGGCCCCCAUCGCAUCACCUGUGUCUAUGACCCACGGGGCACUAUCAGUGAGGAGGAUCUGCCCAACUUGUUCUUCCCCAGGCGGCCAAGAAGUCACUCCAUGAUCCAUUACAACGCCAGAGAAAAGCAGCUCUAUGCCUGGAAUGAUGGAAACCAGAUCAUUUACAAACUCCAGACAAAGAAAAAGCAGCCUAUAAAGUAG